AUGUCGACGACGACUACCAGCAGUCGUCGAACUCAUGGAUCAGGUAAUAGUAUCGGUGGUUAUACGACCCAGGAACAUAUUGAUGCAAGUAAUGCACAGUUAAGCUCAACACGUGCUCAACGCAUUCGCGCUGCAAUCUUUCCUGAAAUAGCUGAUGAUAAUCUUUCGAGUAAUUUAUCAUGUUCGCCUAUAUCUCCGACGCAAUUUCUCAGUAGUCCAGCAACAGCUGUGCAAAAGCUCUCCGAACCGUCGCAAUUACUGAAAAAUGCGGUUAAUGAUAUUAUUAAUUACAAAGAAGAUGCUGAAACAACUGAGAGAUCUCUUCCAGAACUGAUUCGGUUGUUAAGCGACAAUGAUCCGACUGUUGCCGGACAAGCCGCAUUGAUUUUGCAUAGUUUGGCACGAAAAGAGGCCAGUCGAUCCGUAUUAUCCAAUUCACAUGCGAUACAAGCAUUGAUUCAAGCUGUAUCAAAUCCACGCGCCACAGAUGAAACGCGCCGUGGGAUCGCCGGAGUGUUGUAUUCUCUUUCUCAAUACAAACAAGGUCUCCUGCUAAUCUUCAAAGCAGGUGGUAUUCCCGUGCUUGUCAAAUUACUUGAUUCAUCAAAUGAAUCUGUCGUCAAUUAUGCAUUGUCUACAUUACACAAUUUACUAUUAUAUAUCGAACAAGCCAAGUGUGAAGUGAUUUGUAGUGGCGGUGUUCAAAAGAUGGUUUGCCUAUUAGAUAAUCCCAACUUGAAAUUUCUUGCCAUUCUGAUCGAUUGUCUGUACAUGUUAGCAUUCAAUUGUGAAGAAGUUAAAUUGCUUAUUGAAUCGAGUAAUGGUUCUCAACAGUUAUUGAGAAUUUUGGACACGAUAAAUUAUGAGAAAUUAGCAUGGACAACUACACGUCUCCUGCGAGUUUUAUCGUCGAGUCCAACAGUCAAGUUAGGCAUGGUGACGAAAACUACUAUACAAGUUCUAGAGAAGCAAUUGUAUCAACCAUUAAGCUUACGAGUUCAACAGAAUUGUUUGCAAGUUCUUCGGAAUUUGUCCGAUCAAGCAGUGCAAUUAGAAAAUCUUGAUUCACUCAUUCGUUUGCUCAUCGAUCUUUUACGAUCGAAUGAUUUCGUAACUGUUGCAUGUUCAGCUGGUAUCCUCGCUAAUUUAACAUGCAACCAUCAGUAUAAUAAAGCACUUGUUGUACAAUCUGGUGGUGUACAUGCACUGAUCAAUGCAUUGCUUCAAGGACACAACAAAGAAGAACUUAUGGAGCCAACGAUCUGUGCGUUAAGACAUGUAACAAAUCGAAAUUCACAUGCAAAUGAAGCACAAAGCAUCAUUCGAAAUAUGCAUGGAUUCGUACCUUUCGUUGAUCUAUUGAAUCCAACAUUGUACACUUGGCCAGUGAUCAAAGCGACAAUUAGUUUAAUCAGAAAUUUAGGCUUGUCUGAUGAAAAUCUCGUUAUGUUACGUGAUGCUAAUGCUAUUGAUAAGUUGGUGCAAGUGCUUAUUCACAGUUAUGAUCAAAUAUCUGUUAAACCGUACAAUGAAAAUUGCGUGCGAAUGGACGAUAUUGUUGAAGGCUGUCUUUGUGCACUUCAUGUUCUCGCCAGGGAUCCAUCCUGUCGGCAGGUGAUACGAAAAUUAAAUACAGUUCCGAUAUUUGUUCGCUGUUUGCAUUCACCGACAAAUGUACCAAUUCAACGUGCAACAACAGGUGUUCUAUGUGAAUUAGUUAAUGAUCGAUCGUGUCUGGAGUGUAUCGAGGAACAAAAUUGUACGCAGGUUCUCACAGAUUUACUCAAAUCCAAUGACGAAUGUCUCGCAACAUAUGCAGCUGCAAUCUUAUUUCGUUUGUCAGAUGACAAACCAGUUAACGAAGGUGUAUCGACAUUUUAUCGCGACGAACAUUCUGCUAAAACUCAUUACCAAGCAAAACCUGAACCGUAUGCACGAUCAUGUCGACGGUCACCACUACCAAUGCAUGACGCACCUGUUAUCAGUUAUUACACAUCCGAAAGCUCACCUGGCAGUGGUUUCGUGGAUAAAUCCACUUGCCAAGGAGGAGCAGGACCUUGGCUUGACAGUGAUCUUUGA